GUGGUUCGCUCGUGUUCACCUCACCUCUCUCUCACGGCGAACACGUUGGUCGCUGCUUCUGCGUCCAAGUACACGUGCGGGGUCUGAUUGAUUGAUUGAUUGGUUGAUUGAUUGGUUGAUUGAUUGAUUGAUUGAUUGAUUGAUUGAAGUAGCAGAGACGUGGUUGGCGGGAAAGCAAUAUGAUGUUUAAGGAGAGGACGGCAUUGGAGGGAAAACGUUACGCUGUAGAUCACGACAGUCGGGAUGGGGACGAUGCGCGCGGCGAUGACUUGCUUGUCGGGACUGGCAAUCGUGCCUCCGAUCCUACUGCUCAUCAUUCGCACACGAGGUCAAGUGCCACGUCAGCAAUCAGCAGUACGAUAAUGCCGUCGACAACCGCGAGUAAUGGAACUAACUGUCCUCCUGCGACGAACAUUCAUCUGAAUAAUCAUAGUAAUCGCACUAAUAAUACUGAUAGUCACAGUAAUCGCAGUACUAGUGGUAAUAAUAACACGGCGAAUGGGAACAAGAACGUAACGCUCGUUUUCAUCCAACGGUACGUGGGCAAUGGUGGUGGGGUGAUGGCUUCUGGUGAGCGGUCGGGUUGGGAGGGGGGGAAGGCGGGGGGAGGGGGAGGGGGAGCUUCCGCGGCAGGGGAAGGAAUGAUGCAUCAUCAUUAUCAUAGUAACAGUAGUCAGUCGUCCCCCAGGUACAUGGGAGCAGGAGUAGGGAUAAUGGAGGGCGGGGGGGUAGGGGGGGUAGGGGCUGUAGGGGGCGGGGGAGCUGGUGGUGGCCAUGCAGACUUGGGCAAUGGACACGCGGCGGCAGAGAACGGCGCGGGAGGAGGAGGAGGAGGAGGAGGAGGAGGAUUGGUUGUUGGGGGCAGCAGCGGCGGCGGCGGCGGCGGCGGUGGCGGCAGCGCCGGCUCCGCUGGAUGCGCGGUUGUCACCGCCCGGCCAACGCUUUGCUGGCAGAAAGGCACUUCCUCGACGAAGGGUGGUGGGAGUAGCAACAGCCUGAGCGAUGAUGGAGAAGGAGGGGGAGGGGUUGAUGAUGACACCGACGAUCCCGACGUCGCCGAAGGAGGCGAGGGGGGGACGGGAAUGAAAUCCGGCGCGGCAUCCAAGGGUCGUCAUGAAGCGCCGGGAGGCCGCGGUAGCGGCGCGGGCGCUUAUGCCUUCACCAAGGCGGUCGAUCACCAUUGCACGGUUACAGCCAUAGCCGAGCGGAAGAGGAGGAAGAGGAUGAAUGCGGCAUUCGAGGAGCUUCGGCGCGCAAUUCCCGAUGCGCCGAAGAGGGGGAAGGCGGACCUUCUGGAGCGGGCAGCGAAGUACAUCAGGGAUUUGCAGCAAGGCUGCGCGGACCGGUCGUCGGUGGGGUCAUCGGCGGGGUGCUCGCCUGCAGCAGCAGCUGCGGUCGUCGCAGGAGCAGCACCAGCGCCGGUGACCGUGCAGACUGUCGGCGGCGGGGGGGCCUCGAAUACCGCGGCAGCGGCGGCGGUGGCGGCAUCGAUGGAACUACGAGCUGCCAGCGAGAGAGAAACAGCCGCGGGUGGAGGAGGCAUGGCAGGGGGCGGCGGGCGCGGGGGGUGCGGCGGGGGCGGCGGGGUAAGAAGCAAUAUCUGGAGGGCAGCACACGGUGCGGGGCGAGAGGAAGGAGCGGGGGAAGGUGGGAGCGCGGCGGGGAUUGCCGAUGCCCCACCACCACCACCUCGCGCUCCUUUGUUGUCGAUCGUACGCGGCAGCGGAGGAGAGGAGGGGCGACAGGAAGAGCAGCAGGCGGUAGGGGCGUCACUGUACUAUUUUGGCAAUGGCUUGAAGAGGAAACACCCAAGCGCGUUUGCGUUGAGCGCCGCAGCUGAGAGCGCCCCGACCGAGGAGGCCGCGCAGUUCCCCCCACGUGGGGUCGAGAUUGGCAGCGCUCGUUUGCAGCAGCAGCUGCAGCAUUGCGCAUCCAUGAGAGAGAUCGAGAAAGAUGGAGGAGGAGUCCCCUGUGAACCCGCACCUCUUGCCUCCACGUGGCAUCAAGAAGGCAGGCCAGCAGCGGAAGCCGCGCUCGACUCCCCUCGAUGCCUCGAACAGAGUCCGAAGAGGAGGGCGCUCGUCAGUCGACAAUGCGCUUCGUUAUCGUCUCCGCCGGCGGCGGCAGCGGCUCCGCCGCCGCCGCCGCCGCCGGCGCCCCCGUCACCGCCGCCGCUUGGUAAUCCCACUGGCUGCCUAGGCAGUAACACCUCCCUUCAUUUGGCCCGUGGAGGAGGGGGAGGAGGAGGAGACACUGUGGUGGGUGCUGCUGGUGGUGAAGGUGGUGCAAUUGGGCGCGGAGCGGGAAGCGGAAUCGGCGCCGGUCCCUGCGGGGGAAUGAGCGUCGGAAGCGGAGCGGGAAGCGGAAUCGGCGCCGGUCCCUGCGGGGGAAUGAGCGUCGGGAGCGGACUGACUAUGGAGUACGCCGCGUGCGCGGGUUCGAUGCUGAGGGAGAGGGAGGUCGAAGAUGCCUGCAGAGACGACGAGCAACAGCAGCAGCAGCAGCAUCACAGCCAGCAGCAUUGUGAACCGACUCGCGGAGCGGAGCCCCGGAUGGGUUGUUGGUUAUCCCGCAGUCAUUCCACUGGCAGCAGUCCGCAGAGGAGAGAUCUGAUGACACGUGGCAUCCCGACACGGAUGCCCUCUAGCGGCGCGUCGCCGCCCGUCGUGGAGACUGUGGAUCUGACACGUGGAAUGGAGGAGAACGGAAUAGAUCGGUGCGCCGCGGCGAGGGAGGCAGCAGCUCGCUUGCGCUCCCUUUCCGAACAGUGUUUCCAGCAUCCGCAUCAUGUGAUGCCUUUGGCAUCGUCGUCGGAGUCGUUGAUGGGUUGUGGCUCAUCAAGGUACGGCGGCGGCGGCGGCGGCGGCGUGGAGGACGCGACCGUGAGCGUCGGGAUCGGGCCGAGGAGAGGUGCUUGGGAAGUCUAUAAACGCGCAAGACCGGCAGCACCGGCUAACCACCUUGUGGUGGGGACCACCACCACCACUACCGCCACCGCAGCUGCGCUCGAAAGAAGACUGGAUGAAAGACGACUGGAGGAGAGGAAGAGAAUGGAGUCGUCGUCGCCGCCGCCGCCGCCACGUGGCAGCGGCGGCGGUGCCGCGGCCAACGGCUUCUACAUACGGUCCAAUCACGCGCUGCCACGUGGCUGUUCGAGGGACGGGGGGACGGACGACGACGGGGAACGCCACGUGGAAGAAGUUGAGCGCCUGGAGGUGGAGGACGAUGAUGACGAGGAGGAGUCCACUGUGCCAGUCUCGCUCUCUCUCUUUCCCACGACGUCAUCUCCCGCGAGGAAGGAAUCGAACGCUGCGCGGGAAGGCCCCGACGGCGCCGCCCGCCCCUCCUGCUUGUCGGCUGGACUCCCUGUGGGUAUCUGCACCACCUCCUCCCCUACCGCUUCCCCGUCCGCUUCCGCCGCUGCCGAGGUCCCGUGGGUGACGUCCAGGUUCUAUGUCAGCAGUGUUGACGGCCGAGCUCAGGCGAUCACGAUGGAGUUCCCUUCCUGCGAGGGUAGGUAUGGAGACGAGAGGGGCAUUUUUGCAAAAGUGGUGGACCUUCUUAGCUCCAAGGGCUUUGGCCCGAAGAAGGCGGGAAUGGCGUGGGAAGCCGGGAGGACAAGGUUCGAGUUCUCUUUUGAGGAGGGGACAGGACCAAGUGGGACAGAUGGUCAGAUGGACCGAUUAGAGAUGGCGUUGAAGGGAGUCUUUGUCCCACAAGGGCAGCAAGGAGCAGGAGGACGAGGAGGAGGAGGAGGGGGAGGAGGUGGAGGAGGGGGAGGAGGACGGGCCAACAUGCAGCAGCAGCACGGCGGGGGAGUGCAAAUGGACCUGCGGGGAGGUGGAGGAGGGGGGCGAGGAGGCAUCAGGUAUACUAAUAGGACAGCAUCGCUAUUGGGAGUGAUGGGACGGCCUGUGGAGCAGCAAGUACGAGUCAAGCUGGAGCCGACAGAAGGGCGUUGAUGGCAGAGCUCCCAACCAUCCUCUUCUUAUCCACGGGAUUACGAAAUUUUCUUCAUGGUCUUCAGGGAAAAGCGGCAAAGAAGUGUUUUGCGCGUGAGGACGUGUUGAUACCCUUUGUUCUAUUUGAUACACUAGGCUGUCUGUGUAUGCACCAGGAAGGUGAAUGCAAAUGCUGUUAUUCUUCAACAGCGCUGUGCUUUCGGAAAUGCUGUAUUGCAUUUGCACACUUUUGCCGCCAACAGAAUGAGCGUGCACACACAGUUGAGGGUGGAGAGCGCAGGAAGGCAUCAUUCAGUCUCUGGGACUCGGUGUGUGUGUGUGUGUGUGUGUGUGUGUGUGUGUGUGUGUUUGAAAAGGUUGGCGGCCUUGAGAUAUCAUCAUUGAGCUGAGGGACCCCGGGCAAUUCAGAAAUAUUUGGUUUUUUUACUCGUCAAGUUCCAUCGUCAUCUGGAUUUGAACUCAGGUCUGUAGUUUAUCAGUUCAUGUUGACAUCAACUGCAAAGCGCACUAGGAUUGGAUGUCAACGCUCGAGGGUUAUGUGCCUUGAUACCCCCACGGGCGCUGCGCAACAAUUGCACGCAGCGGGUUAGUGAGGUAGUCUAUCGUACAUUAUUGUAUAUUAUCGCGCAUGGGGCCUCGCGCCUCUGCACAACACUGGAAAUGUGUAUCUGUCUGGAGCUCAUAACCGUCCAGAUACGUUCAGAAUGUUGGACUUCAAUGAAUGCACCUGGUGGAGCAAGGCGAUCAAAUGCAUGCAGAGUGUCGAGUAGUGGAGCGAGGUCCGUUGUUGCACGCCAUGCAGUUGACGCUUGAGGCCUGGAAACCGUAGAGGCGGUGACCUUGCCUGGCACAUUAUUAUUCUCGGUGGGGAUCUGUCGAGGAUAGGAUGGGCACAAGUUCACAAUUGCCUCUGUGCAUCGACUUGUGUGUGCAGCUGUGUGCCCGCCGCAGACGGCUUGCUACACGGGUUUAGUUCGCACAUCAUGCAAGUUUGCUGACGUUUGAUUCCCGCUGUGACAGUGCAACUUGCAGAGAGUAGUUCAGUUAUAGGCUUUCCCCCGAUUAGCUUUGAGAUUUUUCUGUGGACUCCAUUCCUCUCUCUCUCUCUCUCUCACACACACACACACACACACACAUGCACAACCUUGGAACACAUACAACAAGGACAGAACAUGCGUACAGCGUAUACGGAGCACACACAUAACACACACAUAACACACACAACACGCCCUGUGCUUGGCUUGGUGCAUGCAUAGCACACACACGCACACACAGAUGCAGAGGAACGUGUUUGUUCUUCCCAAUUGCAUUGCUUCUAUCAUCUAGAUCUUAUAGUCUUGUGUCGAUUUGAAGAGACGUGGCAAGGGGUGACUCUCUCUCUCUCUCUCUGUGUUGAUUUGAAGAGACGUGGCAAGGGGUGACUCUCUCUCUCUCUCUCUCGCUCGCUCGCUCGCUUGUUCGCUCGUUCGCUCGUGCGCGUGCGGGAAAUCUUUCUUGAGGAUUCACUUUUGUCAG